AAAAAAGCAAAGAAAUUCCAUGAAUAUUAAUUUAAUAUUAAUUGUCAUUUUCAUUCUAUUGAAUCGAUUGAAUGGUGAAUCCCAUAUCAAUAAAACUAAUACAACUACACUGAAAACUCACAGUACACAAACAGCCAUUCCUAUGGCGACAACUGAUCUAACUACUUCAAUAAAAGCAAAAAUGACAACAACUGUGCCACCACUUAUCUUGAUCUACUGGAAUGAUUCUGAAUCAAGAAGUCGUCCAAAAAAAUGGAUCACAAUGUGGUCAGUGGUAUUUACAACUGUUUUUAUUAUGUCGUAUCAAAAUAUUGAUUAAAUGUUAAGUAAACAAAAUGUAUAAUUGUUUAUCAAAACGAAUAGUAUAUCAAGAAUAAAUAGAAAUACUUUAUUUA